UUCAUCUUCUUUCCAUUUUUCUGUUCACUGUUUUUAUUUUUACCUCAGAUCCAAUUAAAGCAAACUGAAUUACCGAUUCCAUAACUUCUGUUUCUCUUGUCGGCGAUUGUUACCUUUCUUCAAAACCAAAAGCCAUGAGCCCUUCACACUUCCAUUCAAAGAGAGAAAUCACCUCCGCCAAUAACAAGAACACCAAUGGAUUGCUACCACCACCUUUGAAAAUCAGCAAGGAAUCUCAUUUCAUAAAAAAAUCCUCACCACAAUCCUCAUCUUCAUCGUCAUCAUCAAUAUCAACCUCGCUGGUUAACAGUGCAAUGCCGGCAUCAUCGUACAGACCGCAGCAACAACGUCACCCGGUCAUCAUUUAUACACAUUCUCCAAAAGUUAUCCACACUCAACCUAAGGAUUUCAUGUCAUUGGUGCAAAAACUCACCGGCCUCUCUCGUUCGGAUUCAGAGGACGAGGACGAGGACAACCCACCGCCGCUACAACCCUUGAAGCAGGAGUCUGGUGGUAGCCUUGCGGCGGUGAUGGGAGACAAGGAAAGUGAUAGAGAAAGUAUGAUUAUUUUGAGAAACGAGGAAAAUGAGGCAUCGUCGGCGAUAACAGAAGAAAAUAAUUGUAGCAGCAGCAUGGGAGAAAACCAAGUUAACUCUUGUUUCAUGGCAGGGGAGGGACCGAUUAUAGAGCCUCCGAUGACCCCUUACGUGACAAUGAUGGCGCCGAGCUCCACAAAGUUCGUGUGUUCGAGUCCGCCAUUAAUGAAUUACUCAGAUUCUUUGUUCUUCUCACAUAACUUGAGGGCCUCUAUUCCAUCACCGGCCACAUUGGAAGGGACGAAAGAGUUUCGUGAUCGCUGA